ACAAAUAAAUAAUCCAAGCUCUUUGUAAUACACAUCUUCAGAGCAAUUCUUUGGUGUUCUUUCUACCAUUUUUUUAGCGAUUCCUAGUGUCUUAGACUGACUUGGCAUAGCAAGAUCAUUGGCAAGUGGUGCAAGAACUUAAGUGAGUUGUCAAGUGUCAUACGUGUGCUUAGUAGAAGACUAAGUCUGUGACAUCUGACACAAUUUUAAUUUGAUGCCUAACAUUUAUCUUUGAUGAUACUUGACAGAUCAACUGCAUCAAAAUGAAUUUCAGCAUCUAACAUCUAGUUUGUUUUAUGUCUGGAAUUACAAAUUCAAGUUCAUUAAGAUUUGUCAUGAUAUAGAAAGAAAAGAAUUGUAAUUGAAAUUUAUUUUACCCUUAAAAUAAAAUGGUCCACUGUUGGACGGUUUUGCUGACCUCCUGUGGACGUUUAGAAUUUGCAACCAAAAUUUUUCCAACUUAAGCAUUUAUGUCCGUUUUCUUAAAAAAAUUGACAUUCGAAUGUUGGUUUCUUAAAGUUAAUUUUCCAUUUUUUUUUUUAGUAAUGUCUAGCACCAUAUAGGUAGCUUUUUUUCCAUGUAUCCAAGAUUUGUCAUGAUAAUAGAAAGGAAAAAAUGUACCUUUGAUCUUUUUAAAAUUUUGCUCAAAAUGACAUAACGUUGUGUUGAUAACAUGUUAUAAAAUAAGACUUACGAAAAAGUAAAACAAAGCAAAUACUAAGAGAAAGAUGAUAUAUUAUUUACCUUCGAACUAAUAUCCAAAUAAUAAACUGUUCAGUCUUUCAAAAAAUUGUUGACAAAUUAUCUACUUGAUCGCAAGUUUAAGAAAGUUGUCUGAUUGAUCAACCUGCAAGUUGAUUUUUUUGAUCUAUUUGCAAGUUAUUUCUCUAAUUUUUAGGCAGAUAAAAUUAUUUAUAAAGCGUUUGAAAAAACUAUUUACUUGAUCCGUAUGCUCAAACUACUUGCAAGUUAAUAUAAAAGCUAACAAAUACAUAAUCCGAGCUUAUGUCAAACGUGCACUUACAUUUCUACUUUCCCCACAAGUAACAUGCCCCAAGUCAGAAAACAUAAAAAAGUUGAACACGUUAGUUAAUAACGGCCUACCAAUAGUUGGAACCAAACCGUCCAAGUGUGUGUAGGGAAUCAAGGAAGCUGAACCAAGAAAGCUACACACACCUUUUCUUUGAAUCCUCUUCAUCACCCUUAUGUGGUUGGAAUAUUUUCCACCUCAAAAAUAAUCACAAUUCUGAUAAACAUUUUCAAGAACUGUUUUUUCUUUCAACACUUUCUCUUUCCUUUUACUUGUCCUAAAGAAAAUACCAACUUCUUGAAAUUUCUUACCUAGCUUGUCUCUGCGUAUAAGGGGCAUGGACCUGUGAAUUUCACUGUCAAUAUCCAGUUUUCUUGGAACCCCAUUUCAGUUUUCCUCUUGUUUUCAUUUGGGUAUCUCUUAUUUUCUUGAUAUUUUGCUUCUGAAUCUUGAAAUGGUGGGGGCUUUGUCUGUUGUGGGUUCAUCUAUGGUGGAUUCCCAUUCUAGUCCUUGUUUAUUUUUGGAUGCUCUGCCUACAUGCAAUUUGGGUAUUGGGGAUUCUUUUGGUAGGAAGCAAUUGCCAAGAUUGGGAACAAUGGAAUUGAGCACUUCUUUUGUAGAUUUGAGGUUUUCAGCGAAAUGUUCGAAGGGUAAUAAUUACAAGAAGCAGACAAAGGGUUCGAAGAAUCUUAGGAUUGUCAGUGAUUUAGGUGGGCAGUAUGAAGAAAGCUUUAGUGACAUUAAAACGCAAAUUCUUAACUACUUCACAUAUAAAGCGGUGAGGACUAUUUUGAACCAGCUUAAUGAAAUGAACCCUCCACAGUAUCAAUGGUUCAAUGAUUAUGUUACAGAAAAUAAGCCUAACGAUGGAAAACGUUUCAUUCGUGAUCUUGCAAAGGAGAAGCAAGAACUCGCUGAAAAGGUGAUGACAACACGUCUCAGUCUAUAUGCGAAAUGGAUAAAAAAAUGUGAUCACGAAGAGAUAUACAACCGAAUAUCUGAUCAAAAUGUGGAAGUGAUGCGUGAGCGACUCAUGGAGACCGUGAUUUGGCCAUCUGAUGACACGAACAUGGGGGCGAAAUAAAUUCAUUGGCCAUUGCAUGCUGUUGAUUUCACUUCAUUUUUCUCUUUCAAAUUCUGUUUCACUGAAAUUCCCAGUAGUGUUGAUAUUGUAUGCUUCCCAGAAAAUGGAGGUUCUUGUACUUAAAUUGUAUAUAAAAGGCUUUGUAUUCAGUAUGUUAUAGAAAAAAAAAUGUAUCAGCUCAAUGUCUUAGAAACAACAGUUUCUUUAUCUGAUCACAUAUAUUGUUCUCUCUCC